CAACAUAACUUCCAAUAGCCUGAGAGCAGAGGUAGCACCACCCUCUCUACUAAAUAUAUGUUCAUUGGUAGAUACUCUCUCUACUGGAGACACAGGCGACAGACAGACAACAGGUAAAGGAGGAAGAUAUCAUGGCAACAGCUUCAGAUCAGAAAGUAGAGUUUGUGCGAACAGGAUAUGGCAAGAACACAGUGAAGGUUCUGGUCAUCAGGAGACAGGGGAGGCACCACUCCAUCAUCGAGCUGGUAGCUGACGUGGAGCUCACGCUCAAAUCACGCAAGGAUUACCUGCUGGGAGACAACUCAGACAUCAUCCCCACCGACACCAUCAAGAACACCGUCCACGCUCUGGCCAAGAUCAAAGGGGUAAAGACCAUCGAGCAGUUUUCCCUGGAUAUCUGUAAUCAUUUCCUGACCUCUUUCAACCAUGUGCUGAGGGCCAAGGUUCACAUAGAGGAGGCUCCGUGGAAAAGACUGGAGAAGAAUGGACAGGAGCACGCUCAUGCAUUUAUCUACAGCCCAGAUGCUUGUCGCUUCUGUGACGUUGAACAGAAUCUCGGUGGCAUCCCCGUGCUACACAGUGGCGUGCAGAACAUGACGGUGCUGAAAACCACCAAGUCUGGUUUUGAGGGUUUCCACAAAGACCGCUUCACAACUCUGCAAGAUGCCAAGGACAGGUGUUUCUGCACCUCUGUCUACUCCAGGUGGCGCUACAACAAGAUUCUGGAUGUCGACUUUGAUGCUGCAUGGAAGUGUGUGAAGGAGACAAUUAUUGAGAAGUUUGCUGGCCCCUAUGAUUCCGGAGUGUACUCACCAUCUGUGCAGAAGACCCUUUACGAAACACAGUGUCUGGUCCUGGACAGAGUUCCUGAGGUGGAUGAAAUAGAGAUGGUCAUGCCCAACAAGCACUACUUUACCAUAGACAUGACAAAAUUGGGCCUCAGCAACCAAGAUGAAGUUCUUCUUCCCCUGGACAACCCCUCAGGCAACAUCACAGGAACAGUGUGCAGGAAACAGCUAGCCAAGCUGUGAAGAAAAUGUUGUAUCGAACACAAAUAGACAAAAACAAAACAAACAAUCCCGACUGCAACUUAAGAUUUUUUGAGCACAAUAAAGCUUCUGGCCGAGUUAUGUUAAUCUAUAAUAAAGAUAAUACAAUAAAAGAA